CGUCCGUUUAACCAAUUGAGAGUUACUUUAUUUGUAACGUUAAUUAAGCAAAAAAUUUUGAUUUGGUGACGAUGAGUCAGGUGACCGUAGGACUUUGAAGAGCGGAAACGGUGGGAAGGCGAGCACGAAAUGGCGUAGCAGGAAAAAAAAAAGGAAACAUGGAUAAAGUAGCAAAGCGACGGGCUAAAAAUAAAAGUACAGCAGUGAUAUUGUACUUCUGGAAAACAUACCGACGGUCUGACUUUUUUUCAUUAGUCUCCUCAUGGGCGACGAACAUGGCGAGGACGAUGCUAACACUGCUAGCAAGAAGGAGGUCAGUAACCGUUAACCGUUACUCAGCAGCAGCCAUUAACAUCACCACUCCAGCUGCCCCGCCUCGACUUGAACCAGACCAGCAGCAUCGAAGAGUACCUGAGUAUCAACCUGACACUGAGGCCGGCUGGGACAGCCACAUGUUCAGCUGCCGCACUCCCGGGAUCUGUGCCCCGGAGCCCGACACCGACGCGGAGGUGGCCGCCCAACGGCCGAGAGUAACACCGACACAGAGGACAGAGACCCGGAGGUGCAUGCGGUGCCCCCAGAGAAAAUAUUGACAGCCCAAGACCUGAGCCCAGAGAGGAGUCCCCUUCGUCAGUUGGUGUUGAGGCAAAAUGCCCCCUCUCAGACACACUCUGAUCAGUCUCAACAGUAAAGCCCUCUGAACUGAGCUGAUACUACUGGAUCAGAACACUCGUCUCUCUGUGAGAUGUGUGUGUAUUAAAUGACCUUUGGGGAAUAUUUCAUGGUGUAUCCUUUGAUAACCACUGGAACCCUGAUGAACUGAGGAGGAGUGCAUGGGCGUACACUCCAUAAUGGGACGUGAUUGGAUCCUUGAUGAAUGUAAUAUUUAUGAAUGAUUGACUGAGAGGGCAAGAUUUUACAAUAAAAGCUCGGUUUUUAAGGGAUUUUACCACAUGUCUGGAAGAGGCUACCAAGAGUGAAGGAUCAGGAACCAGGGGCUUAUAUUCAUCAAACCAUCAAGAAUUACAUUUAAAAUCUCAGAAGAGCCAACUUUGAGCAGAAUAAUGAAGCACAGAGUGAUUUCUCUUUUGCUGCUUCUCUUGGGGACGUGCUCAGCUGCUGCUUAUAGAAAUGUGGCCUUGCAUGGAAAAGCAACUCAGUCAUCCCGCUACGCCGAUUUUUUUUCGGCUGCCUCCAAUGCCAUUGAUGGAAACUGUGAUUCCAAUCAUGCAUUAAGUUCAUGCAGCCACACUGCACAACAGAUCAACCCCUGGUGGAGAGUGGACCUGCUGGAGUCCUACACCGUCACCUCCGUCGUCAUCACCAACAGAGGAGACUGCUGUGCAGAAAGGAUCGACGGGGCACAGAUUCACAUCGGCAACUCUUUAGAAGGCAGUGGUGCCUCUAACCCACUGGUUGGUACCAUUCCUGCAAUCCCUGCAGGGGAGUCAUACACUGUGACUGUCAGCGGUCGUGUGGACGGACGUUACGUGACUGUGUAUCUACCUGGUUCAGAGAAGUAUCUUACACUCUGUGAAGUGGAGGUUUAUGGGUACCGUACCCCGACUGGAGAAAACCUGGCAAUCCAAGGAAAAGCCUCACAGUCAUCACUCUUUGAAACUGGCUCUCCAUAUAAUGCCAUUGAUGGGUAUCAUGACGGUAACUGGAUCAAGGGGUCCUGCAGUCACACAAACAACGACAUGAAUCCUUGGUGGCGACUGGUUCUGCCUGGACCCACAAAAGUGUUUUCUGUUAAAGUCACCAACCGAGUUGAUUCCUGGGAACGACUGAAUGGAGCUGAGAUCCGCAUCGGAGAUUCUCUCGAAAACAACGGCAACAACAACCCCAGGUGUGCCCUGAUUACAAGCAUCCCAUCAGGUGCUACUCGUGAAUUCAACUGUAAUGGUGGGAUGGAAGGCCGCUAUGUUAACAUAUUUAUCCCUGGAAGACCGGAGUACCUCUCCCUGUGUGAGGUGGAGGUCUAUGGCUCUUUCCUGGAUUCACUUUAAAAGAGCAAGAAUGAAGCCAGUGUUGUUAUAUGGACUCAGACAAACCAAAAUAAUACAUUUAGCUUCAACUGGAUUGUUUGCAUGAUAAAUAACCUAUAAAACUGUGUGCAACAUGGAGCUAAGUUUGUCCUAGACAAUAGCAAUAUGGCAUUAGUCAGAUAAACUGGCUCUUACAUGAUCUCUGGUAAACCAGUUUGAAUCAUGUUUGAAUUAAGCUUACUAUAAUAAAAACAUUAUCACAGCAGCCUA